GAUUUUGGCCUUUCCCGGAUUACCUACAGCGUCACCCAGGUUUCCAAGAAGGACGAUAAAGAGGGAGGGGGGGCAACCAACUACAUGCCCCCGGAGGCGUUUGGCUUAACUUACAAACCUAAACGAGCCUCUGAUAUCUACAGUUUUUUACUUGGACUUUGUCUUGUUGUGACGCAGAUGUUUGCUCCACGUUAAACAUUUGGUGAGGACUCUGCUAUGAGUCAGUGUGAGGACAGAGAGGAGGGAGCCCCUCCCUCUAAAACCACUCUGUGUGGGGACCAUGACAGCCAGACCAAAGCUCAGAGGAUGGAGCAGCAGAAACCUGGACCUGAACCCAGCUGUGUGUCCAUGAAGAGUGACCGGUCUAUGGGUCGUAUUGAUGAGUUUAAAGAUGAACAAGCUGCAGAUGGAAGGAUGCAGCAGCAGAAACCUGGACCUGAACCCAGCUGUGUGUCCAUGAAGAGUGACCGGUCUAUGGGUCCUCCUAUUGACUUUAAAGAUGGACAAGCUGUUGAUGAAAGGAUGCAGCAGAGACCUGGACCUGGACCUGAACCCAGCUGUGUGUCCAUGAAGAGUGACUGGUCUAUGGGUAUUCCUAUUACCUUUAAAGAUGAACAAGCUGCUGAUGGAAGAGAUCAACAAGAGAGAUCAGAGGGCCUCGGUGGUCAGUCUGCCCAGCUGCAUCUAACAGACCUGGACUCCAUAUUUAUGCUGCUGGAGGAGAACAUUGUCACCUUUGUGAAAAAUGAACUGAAGAAGAUCCAGAAGGUUCUGAUUCCAGAUUACCCAGAAUUCUUAGAGAGUCAGAAGAAGGCUGAGGAUGUGUUGGACGGUGAAGAUGAAGAGCAGAGUAGCAGCCGUGGAGACGCAUUUCUGAAGAUUACACUGCACUUCCUGAGGAGAAUGGAGCAGAAGGAGCUGGCUGACUGUCUGCAGAACAGAGCUUGUGUUGCAGUGUGCCGCCCCAAAUUCAAGUCCAACCUGGAGAAGAAGUUUCAGUGUGUGUUUGAGGGGAUUGCUAAAGGAGGAAACCCAACCCUUCUGAAUAAGAUGUUCACAGAGAUCUACAUCACCGAUGGAGGGACUUUAAAGGUCAAUGAAGAACAUGAGGUCAGGCAGAUUGAAAUAGUAUCCAGGAAACCAGACAGACCAGAAACAAUAAUCAGAUAUGAAGACAUCUUUAAAACCCCACCUGGAAGAGAUGAACCAAUCAGAACGGUGAUGACUAAGGGAGUGGCUGGCAUCGGGAAAACAGUCUUAACACAGAAGUUCACUCUGGACUGGGCUGAAGGCAAAGCCAACCAGGACAUCCAGUUCACAUUUCCAUUCACUUUCAGAGAGCUGAAUGUGCUGAAAGAGAAAAAGUACAGCUUGGUGGAACUUGUUGAUCACUUCUUUAGUGAAAUGAAAGAAGCAGGAAUCUGCAGGUUUGAAGAGUUCCAGGUUGUGUUCAUCUUUGACGGUCUGGAUGAGUGUCGACUUCCUCUGGACUUCCACAACACUGAGAUCCUGACUGAUGUUACAGAGUCUGCCUCAGUGGAUGUGCUGCUGACAAACCUCAUCAGGGGGAAACUGCUUCCCUCUGCUCGCCUCUGGAUAACCACACGACCUGCAGCAGCCAAUCAGAUCCCUGCUGAGUGUGUUGACAUGGUGACAGAGGUCAGAGGGUUCACUGACCCACAGAAGGAGCAGUACUUCAGGAAGCGAUUCAGAGACAAGAAGCAGGCCAGCAGAAUCAUCUCCCACAUCAAGACAUCACAGAGCCUCCACAUCAUGUGCCACAUCCCAGUCUUCUGCUGGAUCACUGCUACAGUUCUGGAGGACGUGUUGAAGACCAGAUUGGGAGGAGAGAUGCCCAAGACCAUGACUGAGAUGUAUAUCCACUUCCUGGUGGUUCAAUCCAAACUGAAGAAUAUCAAGUAUCAUGGAAAAUCUGAGAUAGAUCAACACUGGAGUCCAGAGACCAGGAAGAUGAUUGAGUCCCUGGGAAAACUGGCUUUUGAGCAGCUGCAGAAAGGCAACCUGAUCUUCUAUGAAUCCGACCUGACAGAGUGUGGCAUCGAUAUCAGAGAAGCCUCAGUGUACUCAGGAGUGUUCACACAGAUCUUUAAAGAAGAGAGUGGACUGCACCAGGACAAGGUGUUCAGCUUCGUCCACCUGAGUGUUCAGGAGUUCGUGGCUGCUCUUCAUGUCCAUCUGACAUUCAUCAACUCUGAAGUCAACCUGCUGGCAGAAGAACAGUCGACAUCGUGGUGGUCUGAAGUGUUCAGAGACAAAUCAACACGUUUCUAUCAGAGUGCUGUGGACGAGGCCUUACAGAGUCCAAAUGGACACCUGGACUUGUUCCUUCGCUUCCUCUUGGGUCUUUCACUAGAGACCAAUCAGACUCUCCUACGAGGUCUGAUGACGCAGACAGGAAGUAGCUCAAAGACCAAAAAGGAAACAGUCAAGUACAUCAAGAAGAAGAUCAGUGAGAAUCUGUCUGCAGAGAGAAGCAUCAAUCUGUUUCACUGUCUGAAUGAACUGAAUGAUGGUUCUCUAGUGGAGGAGAUCCAACAGUCCCUGAGUUCAGGAAGUCUCUCCACAGAUGAACUGUCUCCUGCUCAGUGGUCAGCUCUGGUCUUCAUCUUACUGUCAUCAGGAAACAAGCUGGACGUGUUUCACCUGAAGAAAUACUCUGCUUCAGAGGAGGCUCUUCUAAGGCUGCUGCCAGUCGUCAAAGCCUCCAACAAAGCUCUACUGAGUGGCUGUACCCUGUCAGAGAAAAGCUGUGAAGCUCUGUCCUCAGUUCUCUGCUCCACGUCCUCUAGUCUGAGAGAGCUGGACCUGAGUAAUAACAAUCUGCAGGAUUCAGGAGUGGAGCAUCUGUCCUUUGGAUUGAAAAGCCCACAUUGCAGAAUGGAAACUCUCAGGUUGAUUGGCUGUACAUUGACAGAGAGAAGCUGUGUAGCUCUGUCCUCAGUUCUCAGCUCCAAGUCCUCUAGUCUGAGAGAGAUGGACCUGAGUAAUAACAACCUGCAGGAUUCAGGAGUAGAUCAUCUGUCCUCUGGAUUGAAGGGUCCACACUGCAGCAUGGAAACUCUCAGGUUGAUUGGCUGUACAUUGACAGAGAGAAGCUGUGAAGCUCUGUCCUCAGUUCUCAGCUCCAAGUCCUCUAGUCUGAGAGAGAUGGACCUGAGUAAUAACAACCUGCAGGAUUCAGGAGUAGAUCAUCUGUCCUCUGGAUUGAAGAGUCCACACUGCAGAAUGGAAACUCUCAGGUUGAGUGGCUGUACAUUGACAGAGAGAAGCUGUGAAGCUCUGUCCUCAGUUCUCAGCUCCAAGUCCUCUAGUCUGAGAGAGCUGGACCUGAGUAAUAACGUCCUGCAGCAUUCAGGAGUGAAGCUGGUGUCUCCUGCACUUAAGAGUCCACACUGCAGGCUGGAGACUCUCAGACUGAGUAGCUGUGACCUUUCAGAGAGAAGCUGUGAAGCUCUGUCUUCAGUUCUCAGCUCCCAGUCCUCGAGUCUGAGAGAGCUGGACCUGAGUAACAACGAUCUGCAGGAUUUAGGAGUGAAGAUGGUGUCUUCUGGAUUGAAGAGUCCACACUGCAGACUGAAAACUCUCAGGGAAAGUCACCUGUGAACACACAAAAACACAACAGUGAACACAGCAAAUGAAAACGGGGAAACACAGAACACAUGGAAGGAGAUACCACCACUCGGACACAAACACCACCACCUUCGGCUCUCAGCAACUAAAAAUGGGGAGAUAAAUGGGAAACACACACACACAAAAUUAAAGGGGUUCACUCCACAAAAGGAAUAUCCAAAAUCAAUAUAAAAAGGUUAUAAAGAAACAAAUUGAAAGAAAUUUAACACAAUAUAAAUACAAUAUAAAGGCCAGAACCACUAGUGGCUCCAGGAGGCCGUACAAAACAAGAAUUCCAAAGAAAAGACUUUGCAAUUAACUCAAAAGAAACAAAACACUAAUUAUAAUUAGCACAAUAACAUAACCAAAGAAACUCAAGCUUUAAGUAGAACACUCACUAAAGAAAAGAAAACAAAAUAUGACUACAACUUUUAACUAAACGAAAAAUAGAAAGAAAGUAUAGAAAGAAACAACUAAAUCAACCAAAUUAAUGUAGGGAGCCAAACACCUCAGCUACAUUCAUUCAUGUAAAACAGGUGGCUCAGACAUUGGCCCAGUAGCCGUGAAGGCAAAACACGCGUGCAGCAAUGGUUACGAUACUCUUUUAAAAGACAGCAGCAGUCUCAGCAAAAGCCUUCUUAGGCAAAACAGCAGCCUGUAGUUGAAGUGCUAAGCAGUUAACAGGGAUCUCUGGCAGCUUCAGCGUUCCUAGCAUUUACAGAAAAUAAUAAUUAACACCAAAUAAGUUUAACGAAUAAAUCUGACCCCAUUUAGCCCACAUACCGUUCAAGCAGAGUUGUAGUAGACCCAGAGGGAGGCAGCUCCGAGCAUGCAAACCGCAGCAGCUAUCAGUGUUACUCACUUUUCAUUCACCGCUGUUCAACAGGUAAGGUGAAGGACAACCCGACAACCGAAGAUCUACAAGCGUUCAGUAUAUAAUAAAUAACGGUAACAAAAUAACAGUGACAAUGAGUGUGAAGGUUGUCAAGCCGCUACCCUACCUGUAGCGCAGCAAGACAACUCACGGAGUGAGCGACCCGGAAGUGCAGAGUACUUCCGUCACCAACGAGCAAGAGAGGGCGGAAGGAGGACAACUAGCUGCUUUUAUACAGGGCCCUGAGGCAGUGAUUGGUCAAAAGAGUGCCAGGUAGUUAGGAGUUCAACUCAUACUGCUACACUGCUAUCAUAAAUAUCGAUACCUCUACACAUGCAUUUGUUAUGAUGACAUUACUUGUAACUGAAAUCUAGCGAGUCAACAACUCUGCUAACAGAGCCAAAGGUGCAACAACACAAGACAUAGCAACCAGCUAAUAUUACUUAAUAGUCCAACAACAAGAAGGCCAGCUCGCUGUCCUGCCCUUUUUUAUUUCGCAAAACACUCUGCAACAUCUAAAAGCAAGUCAGAGUUGUCUGGCGGAAGCUCAGCUACUCUGUUGUGUUCUCUUUUUAGCUUCCUUUACUCUUUUCAGCUUACCUUCGCUACACCCUGAGGAAGGCUCAAGCCGAUGUGACGAUCCCCUUUUUGACAGUCUCACUACGUUGUGUAUGUGGAUCUGCACAUGGGGAAACCAGACUGAAUCAGGAUAGGCAUGUCCACAUCACAGACAGACAUAGAAACAGUUAUCAGGAGUUCUGCUCUUUAUUAAACUUGUUUUAACUGUGA